AUGGAUAUUUCGGAUACAGGAGACACAAGAGAUCUACGGGUGCUCCUCAAACCCUUAUUCUUCGUGAUGAAAUUAUCCGGUCUCUACUACACACCAGACAGCGUAAAACAGACCACUGUACAGACGUUAACGGGGAAGGAGUCGCUCCGAAUGAAUAGAAUAAAGGAUAUAUUUUGGAACAACAUCUGGAAAGCUUACUCAAUCUUCGUUCUCGCGUUGGUUUGGGUGAUGAUGAUCAAGUGCCUUGUAGCGAUGUUCUGGCAGUAUGGCGAUACCGAAUUUAAGAUAAAAUGGUCGAUAUUAAAAGCCGUGGUCUUGGGAUACAACCUCCAAGGGGCUUUAGAAGCCUCUUUGUUAUUUCGGAUGUUCCACAGAAGAGAUCGCUAUCACAAGUUCAUUCAGGACUGGUACGAAUUCUCCAUCGAAGCUGCAGCUUGUGGUUGCCCGCAAGACAAAGUUUCUCGACGACUGAAGAAGGUUUUCAUGCGAUAUUUCGUGUCGUUUAUGAUCUUAUACAUCUUCUUACAAGUUGGAAUUCUUGGUUGUCUCUUUGGUCCAGAUGGUGUUUCGAAAGAAGCAAUGCUGCACCUCGUGGAUCCCUUUCCUAGAAAGGCUCCAUUUUACAUCCUGAUUGGCAUUUUGACCAUGCUAAUUGAAACACCAUGGAUGUGUGUCAUUUUGCUAUUUGUGGCCACGUCCAAAGGUUUGGCAUUACAGUUCAAAAACUUGACAUUCGGACUUAAUAAGGCGAUUACUGAGUCUCCUAAUGUGUACCCACCAGAUUUACCUGCGUUGCGACUUUCCCAUCUGAAACUGUGCGACUUCGUGGCUCUGAUAGAACAAGACUUUAAACUCAUCCUAGCCGUGGCCUAUUGUCUAAAUAUAUUGAUAUCGUUGCUUUUGGGUUAUUCGAUGGUAAAAACUGAUUUCGAAGGAACUCAAUUCCUAUUGCUCGGAUUCUGGCUUGUCUGCAAUAUGUCCAAGGUGUAUGUUCUUUCACUGUGUUCAUCUCAACUUCACGAUACGGCUCAAGAACCGAUGGUCGCACUGUUUAAAGUUAACCCGACAGGAAUCACAGCGGAUCAGUCUACAAAUUUGGAAUUGUUUAUUUUGAAGUUACAAGGAACGAGUAUUGGUUUUACAGUCUGGGAUUUCAUGCUCGUCAGAAGAGAAACCAUUUUAACGGUAAAGUCACAAUCUGAUAAAAAUGCAUCUUCUCAAUAUCUACGAACUGCGUCUUAUACCUUGGCUGCAAGAGCCACUAUUCUUAUAUCACAGAAGUAUUCAAAUGCAGCAAUUCGAUUGGAUUCUGAUGGGAGUGUUCCUCACUUACUUCUUCAUCCUUGUCCAGUUUAA